UUCUAUAAAUUCUAUACCAAAUAAUAAUGUAAUAAUACCAAAAGAUUUACCAACAUUGGUAAAUCAAGAUCAAUUAUCACUUUCAUUUACAAACCCUAUCAUCCAAACCCCUGGGACUCCACCGCCAAGACCUAAUGUCAAUAAUAUACAGAUUACUCCUCAAAA